CUGGAGGCACUUCCGGCGUACGGAUGCCUUCUCUAGCGAUCUCACGUUAAUGGCGGGCGGCGGCUGCUGAGCGGGCCCGCAGAUAACCGCUGCCCGCGCCGGGAAAGCCUCCCUGCCUCUCCUCCUCUCCCCCGCUUUCCGAUCGCCGCCAGUCCUCGCCGCCGGUCCUCGCCAGCAUGUCCGUGGUGCCGCCCAAUCGCUCUCAAACCGGCUGGCCGCGGGGGGUCAACCAGUUCGGCAACAAGUACAUCCAGCAGACCAAGCCCCUCACCUUGGAGCGCACCAUCAACCUGUACCCUCUUACCAAUUAUACUUUUGGUACAAAAGAGCCCCUCUAUGAGAAGGACAGCUCUGUUGCAGCCCGAUUUCAACGCAUGAGGGAGGAAUUUGACAAAAUUGGAAUGAGGAGGACUGUGGAAGGGGUUCUGAUUGUACAUGAGCACCGACUGCCCCAUGUGCUACUGCUCCAGCUGGGAACAACUUUCUUCAAACUACCUGGUGGUGAACUUAACCCAGGAGAAGACGAAGUGGAAGGACUAAAACGCUUAAUGACGGAGAUACUAGGUCGUCAAGAUGGAGUCCUGCAAGACUGGGUCAUUGAUGACUGCAUUGGUAACUGGUGGAGACCAAAUUUUGAACCUCCUCAGUAUCCAUAUAUUCCUGCGCAUAUUACAAAACCUAAGGAACAUAAGAAGUUGUUUUUGGUUCAACUUCAAGAGAAAGCCUUGUUUGCAGUCCCUAAGAAUUACAAGCUGGUAGCCGCGCCUCUGUUUGAGUUGUAUGACAACGCCCCCGGAUACGGACCCAUCAUCUCUAGUCUCCCUCAGCUUUUGAGCAGGUUCAAUUUUAUAUACAACUGAAUUCCUGAGCAGCGGAGAAGUAAAAGAAGCCGUCUCUGUGAGCACAGCUCCGCACAGUCUAGAAAAACAUGGUAGAAAAGAAAGGUGUUUUGUUUUCUCUCUUUCCCACGCCCUAAAUUGCCACCUGCUUUCUUUUGUUUGAACAGUAAUGUUGAUAUGAAGAAUCUAGAUAGUGGUGAAAACAUAUGUGAUAAUGUUUAAUUUGCUUUUGUUUCUACUCAUACGUUUUUGUACAUUAAAAAAAAGUGGACUUCUU